AUGCCUCCACUUCCUGGCGAAGAAUGUCUAGUCACCGUCUUUGUUGACGUUCACUACUACUUCUCCGCUCCUUCACCGCGGCCUGCGCACCAUCGCUUCGACAAGGGAUCUUACCUCUACGUCUACCAUGAUGCCGUGCAGCAUAAAGCAGCGAGGAUUGAAAUCGCAAAUUAUCCUGGAAUGCCAGAGCAGGAUGCCUUUUGUGGAUCUUUGGGUGAUGCUCAUUUGCACAACUCGGAUAAAUUCCCCACACUUUACACUUUGACUGUGGAUGAUCCUCGACAGAGCAUAUACGGGUCGCCUCCGCCUUCAAGCGCUGACCGGAAUGAAUGGCUAUUGGCCCACGUUGACCCUCGCGAUGGAAGCAGAGCAGUUCUCCGACUACACACCCUGGAUCUCUACUUUUGGACUUCAAAUGAUGCUGCUCUAUUUUCCGAAGCUGUCCGGAAAGCCCGGUCUCCUCCACCACUCAACACUUUCCCCGUUUCCGAAGCCCCGGGGCAGGAUCCUGCAGUGAGCCCUGUGGUGCGACAACUGGAAAAUGUAGCGAUAACUGAUCCUGCUUACCACAAUGGCCAGACUAGAAACUCCCGAUCUGAGUCUCCCCAGCUACAACAACCAGCUCCGCAGCAAGGGGUCCCAGGUUUCGCACCUCGACCCAUCCAAUUAGCGGUCUCAUCAGAACCGGUCAGCCCCCUAGCAACCCCCGCGCCACCUGCCUCCAAACCAGAGGAACUACAAGUAAAUUAUGCUCCCCUGGCGUAUAAUCCCGCUGCCCCUGCGGCUCCAGAGCCCAUUAAGUUGCGUGAGGAAACACCGCCGCCCCUGGACGCCGCGUCCGGAACAGGACUUGCUGCCGCUGUCAUUUCAGAUCAUGGCCAAUCAUUCCCUCCUGCCCGUCCCCCUAUGUCUCCUGGGUUUCCUCCUCACCCGCCCGGCCAAAUUCCGGGAUAUGGUGGACAGUACGGAUCACAACCCCCAACUGCCGGUCUGACUCACACGCCAUCGACCUCGUCUCACGCUUCUAGACAUAAUCCGACCGCAAGCAUGUCCUACGUUUCCCCUCCCGUCGCUACCCACGCACCACCGCCACCAGUCACUCCAGGCGCUGUACCAUACUCACAACCACAACAACCAGCAGCAGAUCCAAAUGCUCAUUUAUGGAGACAGCAGAAUUUCGGUGGACCACAUCCCGCGUCGCCGCACCAUUCUCAAACUCAGCAUUACCAGGCCGGUUAUGCAGGCCAAGCUCCUCCGCCUCCCCAGCCUCCAAUAGGCAGGUACUCGCACUACUCGUAUGGCCAGUCACAGCAACAGCAACAGCAACUUCCACCUGGUGGAACUGUAUACGACAUCCAUCACCAGGUGUAUCGGCCAACUGAGUCUGAAGCCGCGGCGCCUUAUGCCAAACAGCCUCAGAGACAGUCCGGGAUUGGCAGGGGGGUAGGCAAGCUUUUGAAGAAACUGGAGAAGUUUUAA